GCCCAUCAUUCUUGCCAUUGGGGCGAUGUUGGUUGCAGCCGAGCUUAGCUUGCCACCGGUGAUUUCUGCGGAGUUCUCACAAUCCGUAUGCAGUGCUUUGAGGCAGCAAGGCUAUUGCAAGAUCCGUGCGCCGGAGCUGGAGCAAUCGGAGCUCGUGGUGGAAACCGCCCGAAAACUGGCCGGUGCCACGCUGCCACAUUUGGAGCUUGAAGAGGGCGUCCUGGGACGACGUUCCAAGUGCAAAGCCUCCUUUUUGGACCAGCACGUGGACACCGCUCCGGAGCCGCUCAGCGGAUGCCUGCAGCGGAUGAACGACUUGGCUCUGGCGGUCGGGCAGGACUUCGGUCAGCAAAUGGGAUUCCAGGCCGUGUCUGGACUGCAGCAGAUGCUCCUCCGCGAGCCCUUGCAACGGGGAGAGAGGCGCCACCUGAGCCCUGGGCCCUUGACGGAGGAGGAGGUGGAUCAAGGAUAUGUUGAGCAGUACCUGGGAUUUCUCCAAGCUCGGCGGCUUUGCUUCCUCUACGUCUUGCAAGCCCCUAAGGGUGGCCAUCUGGAGUUAUAUCCACAAGGUGAGUCCUGCUCAGUGCCUCCAGCAAAAGUGCAGCUGUCCAGCAAUACCAUGGUGAUUUUUCGCCACGACCAACUGACUUACACCUAUGCAGCAGCAUCUGGCUAUGCACUGCAGGGCUGGUUGGUCGCCCUUAAAGAAAGGUAUGACCUGCAAGGCUUGGAUGGCGAUUACCGCGGGAUGGAAGAGGUCUAUGGUAUGCCUUCGAUCCAAGGCCAGGCUGUUCCCAUGACCGAUCAGGUGAACAUCAUGAGCAUGUCACCCAUGCUGCCGGGACGUGUCAGCAACUCGCUGAAUCAGCACACGAUGUUCUCCGCGCAGACGGACACCUUCCUGGAGAUGCCGGCCUUGCGCUGGGACGUCAGCGUGUACUACACAGAUGAUCCUGACAAUUACAUUGGGCCACCGAAGUCAUACACGAAACACGCUGGGCUCUUCCCAGAUGAUGAAAUUCUGGGCUUUGACAACCAGUUUUUCGGCAUCCCGGACAAAGAUGCAGCUUGUUGGGCCCCCUGCUUGCGCUUGUGCCUUGAGAAAUGCUAUGAAUCGCUGCAGCUGCAUGGCUACACCAAAGAGACGGUGAAGGGCCAGAGCAUUGCCCUCUACAAUGGUCGCUCCACUUGA